CCCCUAGAUAACAAAUUAGUCAUCUGGCAAUAUUGUACUUUCAUCUGGCAUCACUGAAAAUUGUAAACCUCGAAUCGCAAAUUUAUUUACCGUGCUUGUUAUUAAUUUUAAUCAACCCUAUUAAACUAAAUUAAACGUGCAACACGCGAUAUUGAAUCAUGACUGGAAGAGGCAAGGGCGGAAAGGGAAAAGUGGUGCGCGAUAAUGUCCAGGAUGAUCGCGACGAUUUUCUCGUUUAUGCUGCUGAGAAAAUCAUACAGAAACGCGUUAGAAAGGGCACCGUGGAGUAUCGCGUAAAGUGGAAGGGCUGGAACCAACGCUACAAUACCUGGGAACCCGAGGUAAACAUUCUGGAUCGUCGUCUAAUCGAUAUCUACGAGCAGAGCAACAAAUCCUCCGGCACACCCUCAAAACGUGGUCUCAAAAAGAAGGAGAAGGAUCCAGAACCUGACCCAGAACCGGAAUCAGAGGAAGAUGAGUACACCUUUCCCGGCGACGAUGAAACUCAUACAGAACAAACGCCAACCACAUCGAAUACCGGCGCUCAGGACACGCCCGAAACCAAAAAGGAGAAGAAACACCACCACCAUCAUCAUCAUCACCACCACAUCAAGUCCGAACGUAGCAGUGGCCGGCGCUCAGAGUCUCCGCUCACCCACCAUCAUCAUCAUCACCACCACGAGUCCAAGCGCCAGCGUAUGGACCACAGCUCCUCCUCCAAUAGCAGCUCCACCCACAACUCCUUUGUUCCCGAGGCGGACACAAAUUCAUCUAGCUCGGAGGAUCAGCCCUUGAUCGGUACCAAGCGCAAGGCGGAGGUCUUAAAGGAAUCUGGCAAAAUCGGAGUGACGAUCAAGACCUCACCGGAUGGCCCCACUCCGAAGCCACAACCGCAGUUGCAGCAGCAUCCAGAUCAACAGGCGUCAAAGUCACAGGAUCCACCGCAGUCGGAGAAGAGUGGUGGCGAGCCUGGAGCGCCGCAGAAGGCAGAUAUACAAAAUAAUGCAUUGGCCAUCGAAGCCACGUCUACGCCCGCAGAAUCGGGAACUGAAGAGGAGGAGGUGGCCAGCGAGGAGAGUGUGAAGCAGCAGCCGCAGCAACCAACAGAGAACAACAAUGUACCAAAAAUCGGAAAUAACUUAACUCUGAAUCAAAAACAGCCGCUGACACCUCUGUCGCCGCGGGCACUGCCACCUCGUUUCUGGCUCCCGGCCAAGUGCAACAUAUCCAAUCGGGUGGUUAUCACUGAUGUGACCGUUAACCUCGAGACGGUCACCAUACGCGAGUGCAAAACAGAGCGGGGAUUCUUUCGAGAGCGUGACAUGAAAGGCGACUCCUCGCCGGUGGCUUGAGCUUCGGCCAAUGCCACGGCCACGAAAAAGGGCAGAAAAAAAUAAGAAACCUGAAACGAUUGUAAAUAGAAAAACCAAAAUGAUUGAUAGAAGCUUAGGGAGUAACAGCUACAAAUCCAUACUAAAUGUUGCAAGGCAUUUUCUCUUUAAGACGUAAUUUAUUUAUUGUAUUUAUUUAUAGUGUAGCUAUUAGUUCUGUUGUUUUAUUACAGUGUUUAAUGCGCAAGGAUUGGUUAAGCGACUGCUUAGCUUAUCGCUGCAAUAGAUUGUAUAAUCCGCAUCAUAGAUAUAUCCUAUACAGAUAUUUAUUUACUAAAUAUUGUAUAUUUUUCUAUAAAAACUUUGAAUCUAUACACGAGAUACGACACUCAAAUGCGCAACAUAACAAAACUCUAUGCGAAACCGAAGCAAUUGUUGAUUACGCUUGAUAUACAAUUACAAUUAACUGAAGCUUAUAUCUAUAUAUUAUAUUAUAUAUUCGAGUAUGUCACAGUUUUUACCCCGUUGGCUAUAUCCCAAUGUUGUACUUGUUUUAAUAUGUUUUUGCUCGCGCCGACUGAUUUUACAAAAAGAAACCCCCAAAAAGAUAUAUGUGUAGUUUGUAGCUUUAGAAAUUAGUUAACAACAAUCUCGACUUAAUAUUUAUUUUAAAACGUUUUCGAAGCUGUCCUCAAAGCGAAAGUGCUGGCUUUAUGGGUUUUCAACCUGUGCAGUGCACAGAAUAUUCCACAAAUAAUUCAUAAACUCAGUACUUACCUGCAAUAUAUUAUUUUAACACUAAGCUUAUUUAUUUAAAGACUGCCUCAACAUAGUUUUUUGCAAAGGAUAAUUUAGUCUAUUUAUUUUAAAAAUUAAACCUUUACCCAGUAUGAUCCUCUUAGGGUAUUAUCUUCCGACUAUAAUGGUCUAUGUCGUAUCACUUUUACUUUUAAAUCAGCAGUUAAUUCUUAACUACUUAUCAGCUAAUAAUGUAUCGAUUCGAAUUCCAUUCCUUGUCAUAUUUUUAAAAAUGUGUUUUUGUCUUUUGUAAGUGGUAACUGUCUUUUUUAAUUUAUUUUAACCUUUGUAUUGUUUUUGUCCGUUUUAUGUCAGAAAAUUCAAAUUUUAAUAUGUUUAGAAUAAUUUGUGAAUGUCUUUGCCUAUGUUGUGACAGUCUUUUUGUAAAAUCGCCUCUGUGUUGGCUAUUAUCGGCUAGACUUAGUUGCGGCGCCAAUAAUUCCAAUUAAGAUACAACUCAAAUUGUACUCUUUGAAGUUUGUAAUUAAGUCUUAAACUUUAAUGUUAUUGCCCGUAUUGAAUGUACAUAAUAAAUUAAAUAGAAGCAACCAAA